GAAUAUCAAAGUUGUAGCCAAAACAAACGAAAUAUUAUAAUAAAUUUAAAGAUUAUUUCUUAAAUAUAAAUUAUUGCUUCGGCCAAACAAUGGCGAGCAAACUAUUCACAGAAAUCGAACUAUCAGAACAAGUGCAAAAUGGGUUAAAACUGAUGAAAGACCUCAGCAGUAGCAUGAAAAUCAUCAACAAAUCGUUCAACAUAAUCGAAGAUCCCUCGAAAGAACCCAUUUCCGGCAGCGAACAGUACUCUCUCGCGACGGUCCUCAUUCUUGCCUGCAAGUUCGACUACGACGAGCAGCAACUGCGGCGCCUGUUGGAAGUUCACAUCGCAAGUCCGGAAAUCGUCGAAGCCGUUACAUCCCGAUACGUGACCUACCGGGCCGAUUGCGCCCAGAAAAAUGCCAAAUUUGGCAUCGCUUUGCCCCACGUAACGGACGCCAACUGGACGCUACGUUCGGACCUUUCCUCGUCCUGCUACUCGGUUUCCGCUGGCAAUUUAACAUUCCGGAUUGAGCUGGAGACGUUCAACCCCAAGACAAACGAGAAGGAACCGGCGGUGCGAUUCACGUGCACCCCGGAGGAACUGCAGUUGCUGAUCAACAAGUUGAAAGAUAUCGAGCUGAAUUGUGAUAAGCUGACGAAAUGAAUACUAAGGAGUUUCUCAUACUUUCUAGAAGA